GUCUUGAACUUCUCGAUUGCACACCUCUUGAGGUGGAUCUACUACUUAAUUCGGUCCGCCCAUAAUUAUGUAAUGUACUUUACGUCAUGUUGUUGGUUUAACUUGUGAACCGAUCAACUCAACUUUUGUUCAUAGAGUAACAUGUAACAGCCCGAGGCGAAAGCGAAAAUCGUGAGGCCAUCUGCCUACAAAAUCUCUGCAUGCAUGCUAUGGCCUUGCAUUGCCCACUGCAACAAGUUCCAUGAUCUUCACUUCCCGCUUCACCAUUCUUGCCCUGCUCACCCUCCUCGCUGGUGCCAACGCGGAAUGCGCAGCGUGCCAAGAAGUGUUGUAUGUCGACGGUGUAUUGACCUACGGGCUGGUCAGGAUCGAGAAUUCCGACAACGGGUCCAAGAAGUGCAUCUACGUGGAUAAGAUGGACGACGUGAUGACCUGCGAGUAUGCGGUACGUGUUUUCUGGAUGCUGAGCAGCUCAUCGUUCUCAUUUGACACGUUGGAUGGUCAUCAGGAUGAUGGCAUGUUACAGGGUGGGGGUUCGGGGUGUCCGAAAGUGUCAAAGGAGGAGAACUAUCCAGGAUGUGAUGUCGAAUAGGCUCGACGAGAGAGGAUCAACAUUGGUCUGUAGAAAGUUGGGUAUAUCAAUAGAUUUCAUCUG